UGAGAGUGAGUGUGUGUGUGUGAGAGAGAGAGGCAGCCCGAGAUGAAAGUGUUAAGCGGUAAGAGGGAAACCUAGGGAGAACAACAAAGCCAGUCAGUGGAGGGGGAAGCAGGCAGUGGAUAGCAGAAAAAAGGCAGAGCAAUUUAGAAGAAAGAGAAAAGGAGAGGGAAGGGAGAUACAAGGUAAUGUGAACGUACAGGGUUACAUUUUUCUUGGCAUCAAAAGUCCAAAGAGAUGCAAUGACCAGAUGACCAGCCACUACACACACCAGCAUCCUGUCCUGGAGCCCUGACAGGAGGGGAACACACCAGUCCACACACACACACACACAUACACACACACACACUCAGUCAGAGGCAAGCACUCUCACUCAUCCCACAUUGAUUGGAUCAUGUCGUCUACUGGCUCGACCAACCACAACAAGCGUCUGGCAUCUGAGGCAGACAACUCUCAGAGGGUGCUGGACAAUGACUCCACUCAGCAGCUGAAGCUGAGAGAGAAACAGCGCUUUUUUGAGGAGGUCUUCCAGCACGACGUGGAUGUCUACCUGUCCUCUUCCCACCUGCAGAUUGACUGCAGGAAACCCCCCAUGGGUAGUAUCUCAUCGAUGGAGGUGAACGUAGACAUGCUGGAGCAGAUGGACCUGAUGGACAUCUCUGACCAGGAGGCGCUAGACGUCUUCCUCAACUCGGGCUCUGGAGCAGAUGAGGGAGCGCUGGCAUCCCCACUUCCAGAGGGAGAAGAUGAGGAGGAGGAUGAUGAGGAUGAAGAUGCAGAGGUCGUGUACCGGGAGCGCGUGCCUUUGAAACGGCAAAGUGAAGUGCAUGACGGGGCAAAGUCUCGCAUGUCCUCCACUUCAUCUGGCUCCACUGACACCAGCGGGGGCGGAGCUGAGACACCUGUGAUCCAAUCAGACGACGAAGAAGUCCACGCCGACACGCUGCUGUUGACCUCAGUUCCCCAGACACGAGAUGAGGAGACAGAGGAGGAAGAGGAGGAGAAAUUCCUUGUAACUUCGACGUCAUAAAGACUGCAUUUUGCUUUGUAUGAAUAUACCAAGAGAGGGUGAAAAGAAUCAGGAAGGGGGAUGUCUCUCCUUCUCUCUUCUCCCCAAAGGAAGCCCUAGCAUGGUCGACCAAGUUUUGGUUUGCUGUGUCUCUUUUGAUUAUUUUCUUUCUUUAUUCUUUAUGACUAAACCCACAACAAAGUUACUAUAAGUGCAUUUGUCUGUAAACCACUUGCCAUUGUUGACAUAAGUUCCUGUGUAUGAGAGGUGAACUUCCAAGGAGCAUUCGGUACAAUCUUAAAUUUAACCGCAUUAUAAAUGAGUCAGCUCACUGGCAUGCAUUCACUAGCGAUGUUUAGGCAGAGCGACCUGAUUUACUGCUUUGGUUUCUGUUACUGCCUCAGGGUGUUUUCCUUACUAUUGAUUUUAUGUCUCAGUAGCACAAGUGUAAGACAGUGUACCAUUUGGAUGUAAGGUACUCCUCUCAUAUGGGUGACACCAACCCACCUCGUGGUUGUACCCAAGCACCAUCCUGCCCUGCGGUGAGGGGAUCUUAUCCAAACAGAACGGUGGCCAUUUUGACAUGAAUAGCAGGGUAAACACGGCAAGUCAAGUCCACACAUCAAUACUGAAUACACUGUUUUCCAAAAGUUUGGUUUCAGCGAUGUAAAAGCCAGUUUGUGUGUGAACAGAAGGCAAAAAAAACUUCAUUUUCAAAAAUCACCAUGUAUGUGUAGACUAGGUCUGGGCCUGUAUACAAAUGAAACACAACAUUAACUAAUGCCAUUAGUAACACCGAUGUUUAUUCUGCUAUUUCAUGUCAAUAUUAAAAAGGUCUGUGUAACCAUCUUUUUUAGUCUAUUGUUUAAAAAUAUUUCCACUUUAGUCGUAGUCUCAAUGGGUGAUUGGCUUCACAGCAAAAUGAAGUACUGAAACUGAAACUCCAUAAGGUUCAGGCAAGUGGCAUCAGACAAAUCCUCACAGUAACCAUCUCAUGUCAUAUCCAUCACAAAUUCAACAUUUGCAGUGUCAAGUCUAGCAGCCACUUCUUGAUUCCGUAAUGGCUGGAAGUAGAAAUAUAUGAUUCUUGUUUUGUGAUUUUUAAUCAUAACGAACAGCAGGAAUGAGGCAUGAUGAGCAAAACCCAGGAUGAGCUGUAUUAUUAUUAUUUUAUUUUAUUUUAUUUACAGUAAACUGUGUUCCAAAGCCUGUAAUGGCCCAAUUGCCUAAGUGAUGUCACUAUAAAUCUAUUCUCAUGUACAUGUGCCCAUUAUUUUCGAUAUCCCAAAUGGGACCGUGCUUGUAAAUGCAUGCCAUGUUGUUCUUGUCAGUGGCCAUGCUCUGUGUUUUCAGCCAUACAGUUAUGAAGUGUCGUGUCAGUGGACUGCGCUGUGGCUUACAGUCCAGAAAUAUGAUCUAUGCAUGAAAAAAUGGUAUGUUGCUUCUAUCCUCUGUAUGAGAUGUAAUCUGACAAUUGCACAUAUAUGCCUACAACAUGGAGACUUGGAACAGUGAGUGGUCCAGCUGACACAGAUUUGUUUGUUCAUGUGUGUGUGUGUGUGUGUGUGUGUGUGUGUGUCUGGAGUAAUCAAGCAUUAGUACCGUAAAGGAAUGUUGCGCAUGUGGCUACAUGUAAUAGUACCUUUUGAUAGCAGAAUAUUUGAUGCGUAUAUUCUCUUCCUUAUUACCUUGCCAUGAGUCACAGUAAAUAAAGCUGACAGCUGAAGUUA